UUAUAUAAUAAAUCAGCCAAAUCAUCUAAAAAAUGCCUCACAAAAAUAAAUGCAUCUGCAGCCCACGUUUGAGUAAUCAAUAUAGCCUUUUACUAAAAACCAAUAAAGCCCAGCCCACGUAGUAGCACCUUAAACCAUAUUAAAUUGGUUGGCAUUAAACCCCAAAGAAGCGUUUUCCAAUUUCAUCCAAAACCUGAACGGUAAAACCAAACAAAGCGUUUUUUAAUUUCCUCCAAACUCUGUAAGGUACGCUUUCUUCCACACAGUUUUCUGAUUAAAGAAUAUUCAUCUUCAUCAUUUGCAAUUACAAUGACUUUUAAUGUUCAUUAAUCCCUGAGUAAUUGCACUGAGUUGGUUACUCAUAAAGACGAUUGGAUCAUAAGGGUUAGGAUUUGUCGAAUGUGGGAUGCCAUUAAUCCCAAGAAUAACGGCGAAUUGAUCAGUUUGGAUAUGAUUUUUAUUGAUGAAAAGGGAAAUUUGAUGCAUGCUAUUGUUAGAAAGAGUCAUGUUCACAGGUUUAAACACAAGUUGAUUGAAGGUGCUUUAUUUACCAUCAAGAACUUUAAAGUCGUAGAAAGUUGUGGUGGAUAUAGACCUGUCGAAAGUUCAUUGAAAAUUAUUUUCUUUGCCUCAACUACGAUCAAGAAAUUAUCCGAAGAUAUUGGUGAUAUUCCUAUUAACGGAUUUCAGUUUAUUAAACCUGAUAUGAUUGAGUCAAGGGUGCACAACAACACUAUCUUAUCAGACGUGGUUGGUUGUUUAUACGGAGUUGGGGAUAUGGAGAGCGCUGGAUCAAAGUGGAAAAAAAGGGACACCCAAAUUGUUACGGAUUAUUCGGCAAAAUAAAAAAUUACCUUAUGGGAAGAAUUUGGAGAACAGUUUGCUCCUUAUUUGUACAAGAAGGAUUCUGGCCCGUAUAUAGUCAUUGUAACUUCCACCACAGUUAAAGAAUUCCGUGGUGAGGUUAGCUUCUCCACCACCUCUGCAAGCAAAGUAUAUGUAAAUCUUGAUAUAGAUUACAUAAGAUCUUUGAUGCAAAAGUUUUCCACCAUGUCCGUGGGAGUGCAAAUUAUCGAAAGCUCUAAUGUUAAUACUAUU